GCUCCAUGGUUUCUCGAUCACCUCAUAGAACAUAGGACGCAUAGCCCAUGUGCUCCGCGAGUCCUUUUUGCCUUUCGUUCAGCGGGGCUUGUGGAUUGAGCUGAGCGGGCGCCCGAGCGGGCGUGCCAUGGGUGCGCUGUUAGCCGGCCCGGCGACUCAAAAGGACUCCGGCGACGGCAGGUCGUUGAGCAAUGGCCUGGAGUGGGGCUACAGCGCCAUGCAGGGCUGGCGAGACCGAAUGGAAGAUGCCCACCUUGCCAUCGGCUCCCUGAGCUCCACCUUCAGCUGGCAGGAGACCUCCUUCUUCGCCGUCAUGGAUGGGCAUGGCGGCGAGCAUGUGGCGCAGUUCUGCCGACACCACCUACCCUCCGAGCUGAUGCAGUACAGAGGGCAGGACCUCGGCGAUGCGCUGGUGCGGGCCUUCCACCGCAUGGACGAGCGGCUGCUGGAGACGUCUCCCGAGGAGCUCAAGUCCAUGGGCCACGGCGCCUUCAAGAACUGGGCGAAUCCGGACCUCAUGGGCUGCACCGCCGUGGCCGCGGUGGUGCGGCCGGAGGUGAUCGUAGUGGCCAACGCCGGGGACAGCCGAGCUGUCCUGUGCAGAGGUGGCAAAGCCAUCGACAUGUCCGAGGACCACAAGCCCAACAACCCCGUGGAGCUGCAGAGGAUCCUCAAGGCGGGCGGAGCUGUGCUGCAGCAGCACUUGGGCAACCACGUGCACUACAGAGUAAAUGGGAACCUCAACCUCUCACGCUCCAUUGGCGACCUGCUGUACAAGCAGAACGCAAACCUGACAGCGCAGGAGCAGGUCAUCGUUUGCCACCCAGACGUCCGGUACUUCCCCCGCCAGGCAGACGAUGAGUUUAUGAUCCUGGCGUGUGACGGCGUGUGGGAUGUGCUUAGCAGCCAGGAGGCGGUGGACUUUGUGCGCAUGCGCCUGGGCAGCUUUCGGGACCUGGCCUUCCGGCUGCAGGAGAGCAGAUUGCGGCUGUCAUCCAUCAUCGAGGAGAUGCUGGAUGCCUGCCUUUCGCCGGACCUGGCCCAAACCAUGGGUCUGGGAGGCGACAACAUGACGGCGGUGCUGGUGGUGUUUACAGCCUCCCGGCAGGCCGGCUGGCUGGACAGCUCGGUGGUGCCGGCGGCGUCCUGGAUGUGCCCGUACCGCUGAGAAGCACUGAGUUGUCGUGUGGAUAAGAGCCAAGCAAAGUCUUGCGGAUGAGCCGAGCACGAAGUGCCAAACGCCAAAAUCUGUAAAGCCAUGGCUUUUGCCACAGCACAGGUCUCACCCUAGUCAGGGCGCGCGCGGUGCACGCGCGCAAAAUGGCA